AAUAGGUUUUUAACCUACGCUUUGCACGCGAAAACUAAUAUUUUAUAUUUUUAUUUUCGCAAUAGUAAGCAGAGUUAUAGCAACAUAAUUAUGAAUAACAUGUUCAAACUAAAACUGUCCGCACUGGGACACCCAAAUCCUGAGAGCUUUAACUGCAAUGAUAAAACAGAGUACAGAAGUGUAGUUCUAUGGCUCGAAGACCAGAAGAUAAGACAUUACAAAAUUGAAGAGCGGGAAGGGCUUAGGCAAAUCGAAGCGGACGAAUGGGAUGCGGCGUAUGACACAUAUCAGAAGGACCUCGUAAGCCCUGUUAUUGGGGGCUCCCCGAAUGAGCAGCUCAACUGGCUGAUGUCGUAUGCCGUCCGGUUAGAAUACGCUGACAAUGCUGACAAGUACAAAGAGAUCAAAGUAGAGCAACCGAAACAGGCUACACCUAAUGUAGUAUCUUCAAACCCAUUGGAUAAUCUUGAUUUUUCAAGUCCAGCAUUCAAGCAAGGCAUUGACAGAGUGUCAACCCUGGCAGGAAUUGGCCCUCAUCCAGACCCCAAGCUCCGCCUGGCAGCGCUGGCCAAGAUCCUGAAAACAAAUCCUCACCCAGAACCCCCUGCAAGUGAGGCUAACCUCGUCAAGGAACCUGCUGAUGUCCUGACACUCCUCUUUGUCCAGGAUUUGAGGGAUUUGCAGACAAAGAUUAACGAGGCAUUGGUAGUGGUCCAGAAAGUUACCGCAGAUCCUCGUACAGACACAAAGCUGGGUCGUGUGGGGAGAUAAUUGUAUUUUGUUAAGUUAACAUUCGCCUUAGUGUAAAGGAUUUUUAUGAAUGACAGUU